AGAGAGUCCACGCAGCUCUUAGAACCGCUUAUGCAGUGAGUCACAGCGUCAAUCGCGCCAGAAUCUCCUACGAAAGCGCUACAUCUUCUUGUCGCUCUUGCAUUAUCAGAACCUACAAUGAUGUCCUCCAGUGAAGAAGACAGCGAUCAUCUUGAAGAGCCUGAACGCCCCGACCUGCCGGACCAACAACGCCAUCCCGCCAACCCAACCGACAACGAAGCAGACGCCAAAAGCUUCCCCGACCCGAGUGAGGACUCCUGGGGCGCGUUGGCGAGGGAGCGGGAGGAGGAAUCCUUGAUGUCGGAGCACUCGUUUAAUUCUAUCUCGGACAAGAAAUCUAAAUCUUCGUCAGAAGCAGGCACACAGGGCAAUCAAGUUGAAACUGCAGAGGAUGAUCAAAAUACAACCGGAGGUGGAGCUGCUGCUGCUGCAUCUUCUAAUAAACCACCAGACGAGGAACAGGAAGAGCUUCUUGACGAACAAAAGCUGUCUUUUGGCAGCUCUUCACAUAAGCAAAGUAGUCUUUUUCACGACCGUGGUGGAGGACCACAGGAGCAUACGGCUAGCAGCGGCGAGAUCUCCGGCGGUUCUGGCUCCGGCUCCAGUCGACUUGUUUCACCACCUCCUCCUCCGCCACCGCCGCGGAAGGUGGAUAAAAUCAAAGUCAAACACGCAAGAACGUCCUCACCUUCCAAUUCGAACGUUUCAACGCGGAAGGACGAUGGCCUGAGGAAAAAAGCGAAGUCCUCUAGUUCUAUUGGCGACAGCCAGAAUGCUGCCAUGCUGCAAGAACCACAGGCGAACACAAGAACUUCUAGUUCUAUUGAACAAGAAGAUUUUUCUACUGGCGGAAAAAUAACAAGCAGUGUUGAUGACCAAGAGAAUACGAAGAUGCAAGCCCCAAAGAAGUCGUCCUCCGGAACAAGAACUUCUGCGCCACCAGCAAAUCCCGUCCCGCUACAAGCGCCGAAAGUGAAGGUCCCGCUACCACCGCCAGUGUAUCAAAUGUAAAAGUGUCUGGGUCUGGAAGGAUGCAACUUGUAGUGCUAUUUUUGUAUUCUAAAAAAAAUCUGUAUUGCAUGAGUACCAAAGGGAAUGCAAUGUUUGCUACGCUGAGAAGGCAUUUGUCAUGCGGAAUAGGCAUCAGGAAGCCCUCAAAAAAUCUGCAUUGCUAGGGUAUGCAUCACAGACAUCAUGGCUCAUGCAAAACGUGCAUGACAAGUGUCAGAAUCUUCCAGACCCAGACAUUUUUACAGUUGAUACGGUGCCAGCGGGUGCGAUCAUAUCACCAGUGGACGAAGAACGAGGGCUGGAAAAUCAGUAUCCUGCUGAAGAUGAUCAUGAUGUUGUUGACACGGUCGUGCAGCUGGCUGGUGAGAACAAUAAGAAAACAAGUGACCGCGGCGUUGUAUCAUUGGAUAACAAGACCUCUUUCCUCCUCGACCAACAGACGGGCACGGAGGAAGAGGAGGAGGAAGCCGACAAUUUGAUGGACGUAUUCAACAGCAACAAUUCCGCUGCACAAAACCCAACUGCAACUGAACCUUUUCUCGGCCGCCCUUCAGAACUACAAGAAGUUGACGUACAGCGAGCCCCUUUAGUCACCGCAACCGAAGAAAAGGUUCAAGCAAAGAAGAAGUUCAGUAAAUCUGCCACAGCGCCGGUGCGUCCUGUUAGGCGCGCUGCAGGGCAGGAAAAGGAAGACCAGCGGGAGACGACGAGAACUUCUGAACUAAAGAAACCUUCUGCUAAGCGGGCAAAAACUACUACGGCACAACAACUACAGACGACUUCAAGGUUGCUUACUCGUGGGGAAGUUGGGGACGAGCAUCGGAAUACUAUUACCCUGGACCAACAGGACGAGGUGGCCUUUGGGCAGGGGAAGCAAGAACCAUCUCCAAAACAGGUAGAACAACCACCGAAAUUACCCAGAUCAAGAUCCUCCUCCACGACGGAGAGAGUUGCGCGGGUGGUUGCGAAACUGCUACGGAAAAAGAACUCCUCUUCUUCAAGACGGGGAAAAGUGACAGCGAAGGUUGCGCCGGGAGGUGGAGGUGAGGACGUUGAAAAUGACUACGAUACUGGGCAGCAGCACUCGCAGGGAAGAUCAUUCGACAUGCAGAGUAGCGUACAGCAUCAAGGGAAAAUCCUGUCCCGUUCGACCAGCAAAGCAUCCUCCGCGAGUAGAACAGGUGCAGGCGUCCUCUCUAGUAGCGCAUCUUCCAGCACCAGUCGGAAGUACGAUGUUGACCACGAUGCCUCUAACCAAAUCGCCUUUUCCUCCUCGAGUUCCACGGCUUCACUCACCUCCUUGAUCCACCAAGAGUUUCUGAAUGUUGGGCGGUAUGAUCUUGAUAGAAGUAGAACAGCAGCUGCAGGAGAAAUUGCAAAAGCUUCUCCUACUUCUUCCCCUCCGAAGCGGAAAAGGAGCAAAUUCUCCCGAACGGUUCACAUGUUGAAAUCCGUUUUGCGAUUGACCAGAAGCGGCUCGGAGAAAAGAACCGAGCGUGCUGCGCGACACGCGGCUAGUACUGUUGGCGCGCAGGUAGGACUAGGAACAUCAUUACAGGCAUUGCAAGGGAAGAACGACGAGGAAGGUUUGUCACAAGAACUUCUUCGUCAUGAAGACGCCCCCCAUAGCACGAGUUUCGAGGCUGCCUAUCUGGAAGAAUUGUCUCUCGUUUCCGGUCUGAUGGCUAGGAAGUUAGCCAUGCGGUCGAGGGAUUAUGCGCCUGCAGUUGUCAGGAACAAUAUUAAACCGAUGAAACAAGAACCCGGAAAGAUCGCGGAGAGCGCAUUUACCACACUGUUUCAAAAACAACAGCAGCAGCAGCAGCAGAAAUUACAGCAUGAUGAUUUUCCGAAAGAGAAAUUGCGAAAGAAAUCCUCGUCCUCUGUGCUGGAGAUGCUGAAAGAAGACUUGGAACGGCUGGAAGAUGAGGAACAAAAUGGAUUGGUGCUAGUGGCGGAAGAAGAUCCUGCAGGGGAAAGAGGGGUACAAGAAGAAUUUCUGCAGCAGGGCUUCAAAGAUGAAAUGGAACUAGAAGAACGACCAGCAGUUGCCAUUGCGCAGCCACCUGCUGUCGUGCCAAGCCUGGUUACUCGCCUUCCGUCACAGCAGCAAAUGCUGCUCGACAGCAGGGCCAACACCGGUGUUCCUGCGACUAGUACUCCUGCUCCCGUAGAGGCGGGAAGCAGAACAAUACUUGAGCUGGGCCACCUGGACUACCUCCCCGACGCCCCACUGGGCGACAGCAAGAAAGGCUCCGAGCGGUUGCUCAGGCCUGGACUACCUCCCGGACGCCCCACUCGGCGACAGCAGGACUCAAAUACUAGCGCAAAGGAGAACAACAAGAAUAGCAAGCGCCAGGAACGACAAAGAUCAGCUGGCAGGCGGGAAGAAGUACUAGAAGAACCUCCGCCAGGAACAGGACCGGGAACAAAUGACGUCGCAUGCAAAGAACCGCAGUUCAGUGCCCGGUCCUUGCAGUCAUUGCCUUUGAACGCCACGGGAACUGAGGUGAUUGUGUUGAGCAAAGAGGAAGAGGCAGCAGCGAGGGAAGAUGGACGAAACGCGGCGGACCAUUAUGGUCAAAUCGAUCCUGUUGACAGCCAGAAUGUCACUUUGAAAAACGAACCGUUUGUCGUUCCUCCAGCCGCGGGACUCCUUACUGGUGCAGGUAAAGCCACAUCUUCUUCCAUGGUGGGGAGGCGAGACAGUAGUAGUUUCACCAAAGAGCAGCAAGAACAACCACCGGGGGCACACGCACGCCACCCUGGCACGGUACAAGACAGCGCACAGAAAAACAAGGACGAGGAUCAGAAGGCGACUCCCGUGACGAGUUCAUCUUUCGUGGCGCAUGAAGGAGAACCACAACCACGAGGAGAUGAGACCAUGUUCCACCCUCCACUACCAGCCGUGGUAACGCACGUCAGAGUUGUCAGUGGCACAGGUGAUUCCGGGUCUACGGCGGACGAAGUCGCCGAUGUGCAGCAUGAACAAGUGACGGAGAGGACGAGUGGACGGCAGCAGGAAUAUAAAACAGAACCCGGAAUGAUGAUGAAAGCUGCACCAGCAAAUGUAGGUGUAGGAGUACAACAACCUGCGCGGACGACGACCGCACCACCGCCCGCGGUUCAUCUUGCAGAAUCAGCGUCUCGAGCCGGAGUGGCCGCUGUUGCACACGACCACCCCCCGCUGAGCCAGACUAGCAGCCAAAACCCAAAACAAGCACCCUACAGCAACUACCGAGCCCCCAGCAAGGCUCAUUCCGCAGUUUCGUUCGAAGAUUUUCACACAAGAAAGAACAACUUCGAUGAAGCAACUGGUACUUCUGUGCCACGAAAUACAACUAAACCGUCUGGCGCAAGUAGUUCAGCUCCCGUUUCAAAAGACAAAUCACGAAUCGCGGGAACAACCUUUUCAUCUACGUCCACCUCUACUUCUCGUGCUGCUGCUGGUGCUGCUGCUGUUGGGAACUACGAAGUAGAUACUAGCGCAUCUACUUCUUAUUUUAACGCUGAAAACACGCGGAUCCCGACCAACCGGAGGUACAGUGCGAAUCCCGAAUCCCCGGAACAGCAACUCCAAGAUGCAUUUGCGGAGGCAGAUAUCACAGGAAAAGGUGCUUUAGCGUUUACGGAAUUUGUGAUGCGGCAAUGCAUCACAAAACGUGCCCAAAUUUGUCAUGCAUAGCAUGCAUACUAGGCUAGAUUUGUGAUGCAUGGCUGCAAUCUGUGAAAACCGUAAAUGUUCUAGCACUUUUUCUUGUGAUCGCAGAUAUCCGCUUGGUCCAGGAACAGCGUCGGUUGGAUAUGACAGUGCGCAACUUCUUCUUCCCCUCAUUUGUGUAGCAUGAACGGCAAUACAGGCAUCAGCAAGAGUGCCGGUUUUGCAUAACAAAUUUGCACUCGAUCAUUUGAGUGCUUUUUGGGCUACCAGAACUUGUCAUGCAAACAGUGCCAAGAGGCAAAGGGUGGAUUGGGUAUUUUGCAUGACAAAUGAGGGAGAAGGGGGGUUGCGCGCUGUCAUAUUGGAACAGGAGGAGCUAGAGCGACAGAUCAAUGCGAAGAACAAGAUCGUGAAGCGGUGGCGGUCGAACAAGUAUGCGAAGGCUCUGCGGGAAUUAACGAACCCGAACUCGCUAUCCUGGGGAAAAAAAUGUCCCCACCUCCCCAGCGUAAAAGUUGAUAAUCUUACAACACAGAUCCAGAAGUUUUGGGGGUCACGCAUGGCAAGCUUGUUUCUGUAGUUUAGUGCGCGUUCUUAGCGGGUACAGCCGCAUCACAAAUCCAUCUGCUUAUCCUGGUUGCAGGAUUGCAAAUACGAAAACUCCACUAGAAAUCCCUCACAUGCGGAUGCGCAUUACAAACGUUUCCGUAUUAUAUGCAAAUGGGGCGGGGACGUUUUUCCUCAGGAUACUUGCGGAAGGGGGAAAUCCUGCAGACCAUGCGGAAAGACAAAAAGCGGCGGCAGGCGGCCAACAAAAGCUUGCACGCGAUGCUCGCGGACAUCAAGCAGAGUUACUUCUACGACGAUAUCCUGCGCAGAAACGUCCCCACCCGGGAGUUGUCUUCAUGCAGAUUUGCAAUUACAGGAGCGAGCACUUGUUCUAAUGCGCCUCCCCAUGGGACUCAUUUCCAGUCGUUUCUUGGAAUUUGUAACGCUUUCAACAACUGGCUUUGUCACUACAAUAGUACCGCGAGGAAAAUCUUCUCAUGCGUGACCACUCCCAUGAUAACUUCGUGGCAUGCUAAGUUCGCAAUCAUUGACGCUGAGGCGGGGACGUUCUUUUUACACAGGAUAGACGAGGAACGGGAGUUGAAGGACUCGCAGAGGUUUUUCCACUACGUCAACUACGUUUUGGAUGAGGAACACGUGUCGGGGCAUGUGGCAAAAGUUGAAAAGGAUAGUUCCGGCACUAGUGAGGAUUUUCAUGGCCGCGGUGGGUCGAUGAGUUCCUGCGUUCCCAGUUCAACUACCUCGGCGAGUGCUGGUGCAACAAUGUUUAUUACCGGAGGUGGAGGCGGGAAUGAAGUAGCAGCAGAUCUUCAUGCUGGCGAACAUGAAACAUCGGCUCCCCGACAUGAAACAACCACGACGUCGUUGGCAGUUGCGUCAAGCAUGACGAGGAGCACGGGCGGAAGUAGCAUGACGAGUUGUGGUGAGUCUGGCGCUGCUCCUGCGAAGGGGGGAGGUGGUGGAACGGGGAAUACUAGAAGUAGUGCCGUGGGGUCAGCAAGUACUUCUAAAGAGGAAGCAGGGAAGAUGAACAAUAAAGGCAAAACCACAGCAGCUGUAGUUGAGAAUGAACACCCGGAGUGGAUUUGGAAGACGUUUAAAGGCGGGAAAGCGACGGGUAGGAAACAGGAUGGUAGAGAAGGGGUGGAUGAAAGUAGGGCGAAGCCCUUGUAUGAUUCAGAGCUGUUGAAUAAUCGUAUUCUUGACCACUUCUGUCGCGUCACUUACACGACGGUUUUGAAAUGAAAUGAACUUGCUCGCAGUUGUGUAAGAUUUGAAUUUUUCAGCAGUUCUUCUUCGAAGUUCAUGAAGCGACUUCCGCGAAAGUUGACGCAAAUGUGUAUGAGCAGCUGCUUUAU